AUGUGGAUUUUCGAUUGGUGUAUGUAUAUCUUGAAAUUGACUGUCAACUGAGGCACGUCCCGCUUUUCCGCUCCUCCCCCCAGCUUUACCGUCACCCACGAGACAAAACGAAACGAAACGAAACUUGGUUGGCUCCUCGCCCGACAACUUCUUCCCCCCCCUUUCCCGGUUUAGAUUACUAACAUUUGAUCAACUGUUCAGUCCAAGACGUAUUGGCGUCAUUAGGAUUAUGGAAUAAACACGCCAAAUUGCUAUUCCUCGGCUUGGACAAUGCCGGCAAGACCACCUUGUUGCACAUGUUGAAGAACGACAGGUUGGCAACUUUACAACCUACUUUGCAUCCCACUUCGGAAGAAUUGGCUAUUGGCUCGGUGAGAUUCACGACCUUCGACUUGGGAGGACAUCAACAGGCUAGAAGAUUAUGGAAGGACUACUUCCCUGAAGUCAAUGGAAUUGUGUUCUUGGUGGAUGCUGCUGACCCCGAGAGAUUUGCGGAGUCCAAGGCUGAGUUGGAGUCGUUAUUCAAGAUUGAGGAAUUGAGCGCUGUGCCUUUUGUCAUCUUGGGCAACAAGAUCGACGUGCCCACUGCCGUCGGCGAGAUGGAGUUGAAAAACGCAUUGGGAUUGUACAACACUACGGGUAAGGACACCGGGAAAUUGCCCGAUGGCACUAGACCUAUUGAAGUAUUUAUGGUUUCUGUUGUUAUGAGGUCCGGUUACGGAGAAGCAUUUAAAUGGUUAUCUCAGUACAUUUAG